AUGGCGGAAGAUGUCCAUGCUAGCAAGACCGCAACUCUGUUGGCGGCAGAUAUCACACUCAUACUCUUGAGCGCAACAGCUCUCGCGCUCCGGUUGCUGUCGAGGAGGUUGCCAAGAGCUGGGCUUUGGUACGAUGAUUAUGCCAUUAUGGUUGCGAUGCCGCUGGCUUGGAUGUUGCCGAUUCUGAACCUUAUAGCGACCCACUUCGACUUUGGCAAGCACGAGGCAGUGGCUCGUCCUGACGCGGCGGAGAAGUGGUACUAUAUCCUUUACAUCUUCGAAAAUUUCUAUGCUCCGGCUAUCGCUAUGGUUAAAUUCUCGAUCCUCCUCUUCUAUGCGCGCAUCUUCACCGAGCAUACCGCCAAGAUGCCAACGCAGAUCUGGUUCCAGAGAGCGCUAUUGACCCUCUUGAUGAAGUUGACGCAAGUGGACAUCACGUGGAACUAUGCCGAUGCAGCUGUCUGGUCAGCCGUCGAACCCAACGUCGCCGUCAUCUCCGCUUGCCUUCCAAUGCUUCGACCAGUGCUCAAGCUCAUUGGUGUCACCUUUGGUAGCGUGGGCAGUCUUAGAAAGAGCCCCAGGCAUACAGCCGGCACGGCUGGCACCGUGGGUAGUGAUCACCCGCAUGGCAGAACAAACACGGUGCCGACUAGGAAAGAUGGCGGACCCUUUGCGCGGCUGGCCGAGCUCUCACCACCUUCUGAUCGGGAGCACAGAGAAGAGUGGGAGCUGUGGGAAGGCCGAAGGAGUGGGGGCGUUCAGAAAUUGAACUCAAUCGGGGGAUCAGAUGGGAAGGAUAUGCUGGGUCGAGCAGAGUUGGGUGCUGUUCCGCGUGGGGCGAUACACGUGAGGAAUGAGAUCUCUCAGCGGGAUGAUAAAAGUUCUUCAUAG